AUGGAUAUCCAAGAGGGAACUCUUUGCAUCCUAGGCUGUGGAAACCUAGGCAUUGCCAUCCUAGAUGGCUUGGUCAAUGCACCCGCGGAAAGGUCCAAAGAGCUACCGUUUGCUCGAUACACCGCAUGCGUGCGCAGUGAAAUCUCAGAGAGGAGAAUCUCCGAGCGAUUCGUCGAAUCCCUGGACAAAAUAACCAUUUCUCGCGGCAACGGUGUCCAAGCUGUCCAAAACGCCAACGUGAUCAUUCUAGGCGCCGACCCCGCCGAUAUCGAGACCGUCCUGACACAACCCGGGCUCCGUGAGGCCUUAUCCAAUAAACUUCUCAUCAGCAUUGCAGCCGGCUGGACGAGACAAAAGCUCGAAACCACACUAUACGGCAGCGCAACCACCACCGACAAUACAGCAGACAGGGCCUGGGUGGUGCGCACAUUGCCAAAUAUCGCAGCCCAGGUCUCUCAGUCGCUUACGGCUAUUGAGACAUCGGAGCCUGUAUUGCCGGAACGGUAUCUCCAGAUAACGACGUCGAUCUUCGAGCAGAUUGGCAAGGCGGUACAUGUUGAUCCGAGGUUGAUGAAUGCUACUACCGCUGUCGGGGGCUCAACGCCGGCUUUCUUCGCUGUGAUUUGCGAUGCGAUGAUUGAUGCUGCGGUGGCAGUUGGUCUUCCACGGGAUCUGGCUCAUACUAUGAUCUUUCAGUCAAUGCAAGGGACGGCGACGAUGCUUCAGAGUGGUAUUCACCCUGCUCUGUUGAAGGAUCAAGGGACGUCUCCUGAGGGAUGCACGAUUGGUGGGUUGAUGGUGAUGGAAGAGGCUGGUGUGCGUGGACAUGUUGGACGGGCGCUUCGGGAAGCUGUUACUUUAGCUCGUUUGAUGGAGACGACGCCCCAUGUUAAUGAUACAAGGCAUUAA